GAAAUUGGGGUUCCUUGGCCUUAGCCACCAAAUUCAAGCUGAAAGCCAGAGGAGUCUCAGAUGUGCAAUACCGUCAAUCUCUUCCAAAAGGUCGCAGGAUGAGGACAAGUAGAGGAUCGGAGAACUCGGAACUUUUGGAUGUGGCAACUCCACGUCACUCACUGCUCUCGGGAAGAUUUAAGCAGAGUUUCGCCUACGUGGCACUACAAUCCCGAAUGCCAGGAAUAAUGCAGCAAGUUGUGAAUACGUUGCACAGUAAUGAGCAGGAUUUGGUUAAAUUGUACGGCCCGGAAGUGUGGAAGGAUAUUCACAUGAUCACACAUUCGAUUGAACGAUUGAAGAGGGAAUUAAGUCGUGAUCGUCAAUUUGCACUGUUCUAUGGCAAUGAGCCGGAUAAAGCCGAAUGGAAUGCAUUUCUAUCGGAGCUUCCGCAUCCAAAAAAGUCCUAUUUUCGCGCCUGUUGGUUGCAUGCCGAGUGUUAUUUGUACAGACGUCUCUUUUCCUUCUUUGAGAGCAGCAAACACUUGACAAACUUUGAUUACUUCAUGGAUCUGAAGCAGGAGCAUCUGAAAAUCAGCGAACGUGCGAUCAUUAGUCUAACUGAGGCCACCAGAAACCUGAGCAAGGAUUUUGCAUCCUUUAGCAAACUGAUGCACAUCAAUUUGUGGAGCAAUCACUUUGAGUUGCAGUUGAGUGCGUAUCCCUUCAGUGUCCAUGAAGAUAGUUGCAACAUCGAUGUAUUAACCCAUGUCGCCAAUUUGGAUAAACGUAUUCUCGUUGACGAUUCCAUCUUAGUGUGGAAUUGCCUGAUGAAGGUCAAGGGACAAAAGGAAAUCAUUGUGGAUUACAUUUGCGAUAAUGCCGGAUUUGAACUGUUUACCGAUCUGUUGCUCAUGGAAUAUAUGAUCGAUCAUCGACUGGCGACUCAGGUGCGAAUGCAUGUCAAGGCAAUACCCUGGUAUAUAUCGGAUGUGAUGCAGAGUGAUGUCGAAUGGACUGUACAAUAUUUAAUGGAUCAUGCCAACGAGCUGAUCUCCCACAUGGGCCACAAAAUCAAUCGUCUGAUGAUGGAGAAUCGCAUUGUCAUAUCCCCAAAGUCAUAUUUCUGGACGGGACCGCAGUCCUACUUUGUCAUGGUCGAUUCCAGUCUCAGUUUGUAUAAACUGUUAUCACACGGGGAGGUGGCGAUCUUCAAGGGGGAUCUCAACUAUCGCAAGCUGCUUGGCGAUUACAUCUGGGACUCCACGGAGGAGUUUAUCACCUGUUUACGCGGAUUUCGACCCACAAAUAUCUGUGCCAUGCGUACUGUCAAAUGCGAGGUCAUCUGUGGUCUGCCCGAGGGCACAGCUGAUCAUCUGCUGAGGAUCGAUCCCACCUGGAUGAUCUCGGGCAACUAUGGGGUCAUCCAAUACACAGAUAGCUUAAAAUGCAAAUGCGAUUGCUGGCAACAUCCGGGCACCUCAAUGGAGAGGACACUAACUGCCUCCUCCAGGGAGGUAACCGAGCUUGGAAUGUGUAAGAAAUAAAGUUACAUUUCAAACUUCCUCCUUCUGCUCAUUUCGUAAUCAGCUGUGAAAUUAUUUUGAAUAUAUUUCUGUAAGUUUUAUUUAAUACACAAAAUGCUACUGGCCAAAAGAGAUGGCGUGAGGCAGCAAUGAGAGAGGGCGGGGGGAUUUGGCAAUGUCUUAAUUUGCAUUACGCUGCCAGCGUAGAAAACUCACAAUGACCAAAAUAAAUGACUCCAAAUUUGUCAGCGCA